AUGAAUGAAAAAUAACGAGACUUAAAUAAAUUAAAUCAUGUUAAAACAAAUAAAAAUUUAGUUUAAGAAUAUCGAUCGAUUACUAUUGUGGAUGAUGAACCUUUCAAUCAAAUUCAUUUAGAAAUGUUUUCUCAAAAUUUAAAUUAUAAUAGAUUUGAUAUCAUUUAUAUUAUGGAAAAAAAUAGUAGACUAUCUCAUAACAUUAAUAUAUAUCAAAUUUAAAACUACUGUUAUGGAUUUUUAUAUGUUGUUACAGAUAGUAUAACAGCAAAUUCAAUACUUUCUAAUUUUUUUGAACAAUAUAAUAUAAACCAAUUUUAAAUCAAUGUUUUUGGUGUCCAUGAGGAUAAAGAAACUACAUAAUAAUUAUAUGAAGCUGGAGUUGAAUAAAUAGUAGGUAGACUGGUCUUCUCUUUAAUUCUUAAGAUGUCUUAUAAAUCUAAGUUUGAAUUCUGA